AUGGUUGAGUUCAAGAGCCCCUGGACAAGACAAUUGAUCUUAACUACGUUUGUUGCUUGUCUAGGAAGUAUUCAAUAUGGGUAUCAUAUGGCUGAGUUAAAUGCUCCUGAGGCUGUUAUGUCUUGCAGAAAAUCAAUUCCCGGCGGCGGCACUGAUUAUGAUCAAACAUGGUUUGGUAGACAUCACUACAAUCAAUGUAUUCCGAUGGAAAGCAAAGAUAUUGGAAUGGCUACAUCGAUUUUUUCAAUUGGUGGAUUAAUUGGCUCAGUAUUUGCAAGUAGUUUGAGCGACAAAUUAGGCAGAAAGGGCUCCUCGUUUAUUAACUCAUCCUUUUUCAUUUUAGGAUCAUUAGUUCUUACUUUUGCAAAUUCCUUAUCGGUUCUAAUUCUUGGAAGAUUAAUUGCAGGAAUUGGAGCUGGAACUUCUAUUGUUGUUACUCCUUUACUAAUAAAUGAAAUCAGUCCUGUGAAUCUCAGAGGGUUUUUAGGUUCAAUGAACCAAGUGUCAAUUAAUAUAGGUAUAUUAUUAACUCAGUUAUUGGCAUUGAGCUGGGCAAAUGAUUUUCAAUGGAGAUUGCUUUUACUAAUUGGAUUUUUCUUAGGUUUAAUUAAUUUCAUCUCUUUUUUUUUUGUUUAUGAGAGUCCAAAAUGGUUGGUCAAAAACAAUAAUUUGGAUCAUGCUAAAUUUGUUUUACAUAAAAUUAGGGGCGGAAAUAAAUCAGAUUCAGACUUUGAAAUUGAAGAAUGGCUUGCACAUAAAAAUACUAGCAAUACUAGUAAUGCUAACAACACUAAUAACACCGGCACAAGCAACACUCCAGUUAAUCAAUCUGAAAAUGCAAAUGAGAGCGAUAACUUACUUGUUGGAGACUCUGUUUCAACAGCAAACUCAAAUUUUGUUUCCUUUUCUGACUAUAUCACUUCUUCUCACUACAUCAAAUCAAAAAUUGUGGUAACAGGUAUCAUGACUGGUCAACAGUUUUGCGGUAUAAAUUCAAUUAUAUUUUAUGGCGUCUCUGUCAUUGCAACUAUACUACCUCAAUAUGCUGUUACUGUUAACUGCGUAAUUUCAAUUCUCAACGUAAUUGUGACUUUUCUAAGUGGCACUUUGGUCGAUAGAUUGGGAAGAAAACCUUUAUUGGUAUCUUCUGGCUCUAUCAUGGGUGUGUCGUGUCUUUUAAUCGGCUUUGCCAUAAUUUAUUCAAAAUCAAUUUUAGUUGUUAUUGCCACUUUUUCUUAUAUCAUUGCGUUUGCAACUGGAGUUGGUCCAAUUCCCUUUUUGCUCAUAUCCGAGGUGACCCAAUUAAAGGCUACAAGUAUAGCUCAAAGUUACGGAACCAUUAUGAACUGGUUAGCAACAUUCAUGGUUGGUUACUUAUUCCCAAUCAUCAAUGAUAAAAUCGGAGGGUAUGUCUACUAUCUCUUUGCUGUGAUUUGCGCUUGUUUUGUUUGCUUUGUUUAUUACUACAUUCCUGAGACAAAAGGCAAAAAAUCCUACUUUGAUGUUUGGGGCACCCAUGACGAUGAUGUCCAUGAAAGAAGGUUAGAAUAG